CCCUUUCAGAACAUAUUUAUUAAUAACAUUCACAACUAGUGCACUAUAUGUUUCCUCGGAACAACAGGAAUGUUUUUGGGAUUCAACCGAUGACUUUUAUUUUGACGUGUCAUAAUGCGGAAGUAUAUUUAAAUGCUUUAAAUUGCUGCUGUAAAUAUUGGUCAGGUAACGACGAGUUUUCGUGUUAUUCUCUGUUUGGUGAAGGGAAAAAUGGGCUCAAAGCGGCUCCUGGCAAAACCGAGUAACAGGAACACAGAUUUCACCCAGAGCAUUGAGGAUGACCCUUUGAUGGAUGGGCCGCUCAUAUCCCGGAACGCUUUGCAGUCAGUCAUCAAAAGCGAGUUUCGAAAACUACCCACUCCGUGGGGAGCCAUUAUACUGACGGUGUUGCAUGUGGCAUAUGUGUGCAUGUGCAUCACCCUGGCUGCGGUGUGUUGGUUAACCGACACCCACUCUGCCAAGUGCACAGCAGCCUUAAACGGGGUGGAGUCCAGGACCCUGGUGUUACUCUCGAAGGUGGGCCUGUGGCUGCUGGUCUUUCUCUUUGAGAGAUGUGUACAGUAUCACCACAGCGCCCUGAGGCGGAGAGGAUACCUGCAGUUUUACAGGAAAACCACAAAACUCAAGCACCUCCCGUUACUCAUACACUCUGCAGGCAACGCUGCAGUGAUGAUAAUAGUCGCCCUCUCUUCUGUGUUGCAUGACAAAGUGGAAAAUCUCUCCGUGUAUCUGCUGCUCGCUGUCAUCUGUGUGGAACUGCUUGCUUCCGUUAUAUGCCUUCUGGUGUAUACAGUGCACGUGUUGCAGUUUAACAGGCAAAGCCCGAGUCCAGAUAUCACCGAAGACGAAAGAUCUCACACCUACUCUCCCACAGCCAGUGACACACACACGGAGCUGGGCUUCAGAGACGGCUCCUAUCUGGAAGAGGUGGUGGAGAAACAAGCCGAUCUGAUUGAGUAUCUGAAGCAGCACAACAUGCUGCUGAGCAAAAGGAUCCUGACGCUCACAUCACAACAGAACAGAGGCUGAGAGAAGAGAAAUCUCCUGGGUUUGACGAGGGUUUUAACGCACGUGUGUGCGUGUAUAUGUGUACGUGUGUGUUUGCUGACUGACCGCACUAGCCGUACUCGAGUAAUCACAAGGGUUUUAAUGGGAAAAGCGCUUCCUCAACUUAACGUCGCUUUCUUGAUUCCCUGAUGAUGGAACCUGCGAGAUGAGACGUCGUAUGGAAUUAAUGGGAAGGAAAGGUUCUGAAAAGGGAGAACUUUCAGUGAUUAAGCACGUUAAUGGAGACAGAAGUUGUGGGUGAAUGAGUUGAUUUAUGAUUACGUUUAAUCGGAUCACUGUGGAGAAUUUUCUGAGAUGCACUGACGAGUAGCUGUAUCCAGUCAAGUAUGAUUGGGAUUGAUACUCAUGUUUUUGUUAAUAUUUAAUGCAAAGUGUUUGUGGGCUUUUUUUUUUUUUCCCCCUCUCCAUCUCUUUUUCAAGUCAGGUUGUGGGUGGUUGUGGUGUGGGCUGUUUUUUUUUAAAUGAAUACAAUUUUGGAUUGUUUGAAA